GUGACAUCCCGAGGACAAGAACUUAUGACCAAAUUAAUCGCAUCCUAUACUCCUAAUCACCCCAUCCAGGAUCCAGAUAGAAUAAAGGAAAAAACCCAUCUUCUUCUUCUUCUUCUUCCAAUACUGCACCAAUGGCUGUAAGAUGCUCUGCUUCACCUACUCUCAUGAUCCAGAUAUCUGUUCCAAUCAAGAAGCCUGCUAAUGAAGUGAUGAUGGUACAGAGCCAAACUGCAGUCAGGCAAACACCUCCACUUCAGAUCAGAUCUUCUUCCAGAAACAAGAUUUUUGAGGAUGAGUCCAGUGGUAUAGUUUGUUAUAGAGAUGACAGUGGAGAGAUUACCUGUGAAGGGUAUGACGAGGGCCCUCGCCUUCACCAGCAGAUAACUCCUGUAAGGCACCAAUCAAGGGAUGCUGAGAUUGUUGAUCUUCUUGAGAAAAACUGGCAGCAAAUUGUUAAAGCAGGUGGGUUUAAUUGUGCUGGAAAAGGUGAUGCCGGCCUGAAGGGCUUCAACUCAAAUGGGUUCAACACAUUAUGCUAAUUUCUGCUGACUCUUAAGCAUAUAGGUCCAUGGAUAUAUCUAAAAGCCUAUAUGCAUUAGUAUGUAAAAGACAGUCAUUUUCUUCAAUUGCACAAUGUACACACUAAGCAUACUGAACGCUUCAAUUACCUUGUUCCAAGGACCAUUUCUAUUUCCAGAGUGUUCAUAGAUCAAUCCUGUCCAUAAGAAUUCGUGUACUACAAAUAUAAAUUUAUGCAGAAAUUAAUCCUUUGUUUA